AUGGUGUCAAUUCGAAAUGCGCACAAUGAUUUAAUUCAUGAUGCUGUUCUUGAUUACUACGGCAAACGUCUUGCAACUGCUUCUUCUGACAAGACAAUCAAGAUUUUUGAAAUUGACGGGGAGAAUCAAAAACUUGUUGACACUUUAAAGAAGCACGAAGGCCCUGUUUGGCAAGUCAGCUGGGCUCACCCUAAGUUUGGUGUUAUUCUAGCUAGUGCUUCUUAUGAUGGUAAAGUUCUGAUUUGGCGUGAAGAAAACAGACAUUGGAACAAUAUUCACCAGCACGCUGUCCACAAGGCAUCUGUAAACUCCAUCUCUUGGGCCCCACAAGAAUAUGGCGCCUUGUUAUUAUGCGCUUCAUCCGAUGGCUUUAUUUCAGUCGUUGAAUUCAAGGAUGAAGGAAAGUACGACCACAUCAUUGUUUCUGCUCACAGCUUUGGUGUCAAUGCUGUUUCUUGGGCACCCCCAAGCGUUUCUGGAUCUCUCGUUCAAUCUAGCGGCCAACAACAGACUCAAGAGUCACGACGGUUUGUCAGUGGUGGUUCUGACAACAGUGUCAAGAUUUGGAAGUUUGAUCCUGCUUCGAACACUUAUGUUGUCGAGACUACUUUGACUGGCCAUACCGAUUGGGUCCGCGACGUGGCCUGGUCGCCCUCUGUUUUGUCAAAGUCAUACAUUGCUUCUGCUUCCCAAGAUAAGACUGUUAUUAUUUGGACUCAGGAGGGCGAUGGUCCAUGGACCAUGAAACUCCUCAGAAGUGAAAAGUUCCCUGAUGUUGUCUGGAGAGUCAGCUGGUCUCUUUCUGGAAACGUUCUUGCUGUCAGUGGAGGCGAUAACAAGGUUACUCUGUGGAAGGAAAACUUGAAGGGUGAAUGGGAAUCUGCUGGCGUUAUUGACGAAUAA